AGAUACAUUGAAGGAUAAAAAUGACAAUGUUGCAAAUCUACAUAGUGUAACACGUGUUCUGAUGGAGUCUCUCCUUUUACAUUGUAUCUGAUCUGAUUAUUCACUCAGCUAUAAAGUAACACUAGCAGUGCUAGCCAAAUGCUACAGUAACCUACUGCUAAACUUACCACGGUUCCACGGCGAGGUCGGAAGUAGGCCCCCACUUGGGCGAAUGGAGCUGAAAGUUAUUUUAAGACUUAGUUGGCACUUUUAGUCUUUAGAAGUACGUGACGACAAGAGGAAAUGCCAACUAUAAGGAAAUGGAGAGAAGACUGGAAGAGAAGCUACGAAUAAGUCAAAAAGAGAGGAUGUCAAGUGGGAAUGCCUUGCGGUCUCCAAUGAAGACUGCCAUUGUUAUCCAGGACGACUCCCUCCCAGCCGCCCCUCCUCCCCAGAUAAGGAUCCUGAAGCGUCCCUCUAGCAACGGUUCCUUGGGGUCCCCCCUGACGCAGUCGCGUCCAGCCCCACAGGUGAAGUCUCUCGCCCAGCGGGAGGCUGAGUACGCUGAAGCACGCAAACGCAUCCUUGGCAGCGCCACUCCGGAUGACACGCCACAGGAGAGGCCAAACUCAGACAGCAGCAGAUCACCAAGAAUAAACACCACUCCGUCAGACGACACCCGAUCAAACAAUCACGUGGUCCGCCAGCCAGCUGGCCCAGAUGGUACACAGGGCUUUCGGCAACGUAGAUAGGAAUACAAAAUCUGUGCUGAGGAGAUCCAGGGAGGAAAAUGGAUGGAUUCGGGGGAGGGAGGGAUCUGGAUCUGGAUCUUUGGGGAGGGGGGUGCUUUUUGUUUGUUCGUUUGUUUCAUUUUUUUAAAUGAGAAUCAUAUGAAUUUGACAUUUACGUGUCAACAUGAGAAUACGUCGUCUCUGAUCUACCCCUUCCCUCCCCAUACAAACCGCAUGGCUUUUUGUUUUUGUCACUGUCUGGGAAAUGGGGAAGAGACUUUUACUUUUUGGAGCGGCAGAGGAGACGUGUCCUCUGUUUCCCUCCAUUUGUACACUGUGAUGAGGACCUCCCUCCUUGUUGACACUACUCACUGUGAUGUACCCAGAGUACACCUGCCUGCCCCAGCCCUAGCCACCGCCCAAAACACAUUGAGGAAAAGAAACCAUACAGAAAAGAACGUCCCCUCCCACUAUCCCUCUUCGCCAUGUGGCCUGCGGAAUGACGAUUGCAACCCUAAGUGGUCAAGAAAUACAGCAACAGAUGACUGACAUGGACAGUGGACACAGACUGGUCUGUGUGGGGGAAAAGACUAUGGAUUAGGAGAAUCGGAAGAGGAGGAAAGGGGGUGAGGAUGGAAACGAAAAGAAAACGGAUUUACAACUGACAUCGGGAAGGGCAAAGGAUGCCCUCUCCCAGCAAUAACGCCAUCGGUUGCACUCGUGGUAAUCAGUUAGUCCUGCUCAUAUUUGUCAUUUUUUAAUGUUGUCACAGCAUACCUAUAACAGUUCUUCACCAAGUCUGCCAGUUGCCAUAUAUUUUUAAUUGGAAAGGAAAAUGUUCUUUUUUUCCUUAUGGAAACCUAUUGCUGUUGAGUUGAAGUUAAAUUGUUUACAAUUAGCUAAUUUUAUUUUUUUGUUCUGUGCAAGCCUGUCCUGAUUAUUUUUUAUUUAUACUGAAAAGAAUGGCAAAGCAAAAUUAACAAAUGGAGGAGAUAUCCGGAUGAAAACCAGCUUUUUACGUAGCUUGUCUGCAUUUUUUUUUAAUGAUUUUGAGAGGUAGUGGCUUUUUAGAUCCAUGAAUUUUAAAACUUAAAAAAAUCAAAAUGAAAGAAAAUGAUGGCCUGUAAAUAUUGGUUAUUUCAAACUUGUUAUGAAUUAAAUCCGUAGGGAUUGGUGUAUAUGGGCCAUGAUUUCCCUCAUCCUGAAUGCUUUUUCCCCUUGUAACUGCUGUCAGCUGCAUUCUCUCAGAUGUGCUUUACUAAAAGAGGGGGACUCAGGUGUUCCAAGCAAGCUGUAAUGAAUUGGAUGGUGGAUUAUUGGAGCGCUUAUCAAAGUUGUACCUGAUAGCGCGACUCGACUAGACUAAUCCCAUCGCCCUUUAAGUGUUAAAGUCAAACGAAGCGGUGAAACUUUCCAAAGACUGGAGGGGGAAGGUGUUCCCCCUUAGUGAUGGGUGAACAGUACGGUUCUGGAUGAAAGGGAGUUGUAUUAAGUGUCUUUGAAACUGCUCCACAGUGCAAUCGAAAGAAUAUUACUGUAUCUUUGCAAUACCACAUCUACAGCCUUUCCCUCUUAUUUUUCCCACCCAAAACCAAUCAGUCCUCUCGUUGGUUGCCAUCAACUGACCAGGACCUUAUCGGAGGACUUUCUCUUCAUUUUUUGUCUUGCAGGGACUUUCAAAAGAUGUCCAAUUAUAUAUCAGUUUUAUCCAGGGGAGUUAGUCACUUGCUGAUCAAACACAAAUCUGCCUGUACAUAUUAAAGAAAUGGCCAUUUAAUAAAGUCUUUUUAAGAAUA